AUGACUAUUUAUUCGACCAUCAUGGAUGCUACAUAUUUGAUACCCUUCGGCUAUACCGCUUUACAAGAACGCAAAAUAAGAACAGAUAUACAAGUGGUAACUGUAAGUGCAAACAUAGACAACAAAUUGUACAAAGCUACUAUCGCAGGGCAUUGGUGGAAAGCUAAAGCUAUACUGGAAACCCAUAAAGAUGCAGUCAGAGUUGCUAUCAGCGUUAAUGGCAACACAAUGCUUCACUUAGCUGUUGAAAAGGGCCAGAAUUCAUUUGUUGAGAACUUGCUCAACUUUAUGCUGAAUAAAAAAGAUAUUGAAAUUAAAAACUCAGAUGGCCAAACAGCUCUUCACAUUGCUGCCAUAGUUGGCAACAAAUGCGCGGCCGAACUCUUGGUUCAGAUGAGGAAAGAACUGUUAAAUAUUACAGAUCAGAAAGCACACGUGCCAUUAUUCAGUGCUUAUCAUGGUAUGAAGCUAAAUACGUAUGUAUAUCUGUUGGAGGCCACAGAGGCUGCUAGAACCUCAUUUCAACCUCCUCAAUUAAGCCUUUAUCCAGACUCUUAUACCCAAAAUCUUGUCAAAUUAAUCAUCACUGCUAUUUUUACUAAACAAUAUGAUUUAGCAUCAAAAAUGAUCAAGAAAUAUCCUCACUUUGCUACAAGAAAUGAUCAGAUAUUGAUGGCGAUAGCUAUAACCUUUCCAACUGGUCAUGGCUUCCAGGAAGGAUUGGCAUAUCCAUCUUCAAAAAAAACAUAUCAUAAAAUAGUUGAUAGAAACUUUUUGCUACUUCAUUCGUUCGAUGUUUUCUAUAAACUUGAUGAAGACAUUUUAUGGAAGACGAGAGGCUUCAGAAACACUUAUUACAGCUGUCCCAAUUGCCAUACUUUAUUCAAUAUCUCACUUGAUAUGGCUCCUCAUGCUAGUGCUUCUUUGGCCAUGCUUUAUGUUGUAUGGUAUCCUGUGGAAGUGCCUCCGUUCAAGAAUGUAGAGAAGAUGAAAAAAGAGUACAAAGAAGCUAAAGAAAUCUUGACGUUGAUAUGUGAUCAGAUUGACACGUUAAGUGGAGAUCGCCCUCCCCCUUACAGUGGGCCAAUUCUUGAGGCUGUACGUCAAGGGGCUUAUGAGGUUGUUGAUGAAAUUCUCUGGAGGUUACCUGAUACGAUUGACUGUAAGGAUCAAGAAGGGCAUAACGUUAUUCAGUUAGCAAUAAUUAAUCGUUCAGAGAAAGUAUAUAACCUUAUCUAUCACAGAAUUAAGCAUAACGAGUCUUAUAGAACAAUGGUGGAUUCUUCGAAGAACAAUCUGGUGCACUUGGUCGGAAGAUUGGCACCUUCAUUUGUACUUGAUCGUACAACAGGUGCAGCACUGCAACUACAACGAGAGCUUCAAUGGCGUAAGGAAGUGGAGAAGUUCAUGUUACCUACAGAACUUAUAGAAAAAAAUAUCUAUAUGGAGACCCCAGAUAUGGUUUUUACAAGGCAGCAUGCGGAUUUGGUGAAGGAGGGGGAAAAGUGGAUGAAAACAACAGCCGAGUCAUGUAGCAUCACUGCUGCACUUAUUGUUACAAUUGUAUUUGCAGCAGCAAUUACUGUACCAGGUGGAAGCAAUCAAGGAACGGGCAUUCCCUUAUUUAAAGAAGAAAUCGCCUUCACUAUCUUUGCAGUAUCUGAUGCAAUCUCAUUAGCUGCAGCUGCUACCGCACUAUUAGUGUUCUUAUCAAUCCUUACUACACGUUUUGCUGAAAAAGAUUUUUUGGUUAGUUUACCAAGACGGAUGAUUAUUGGUCUGUGCAUAUUAUUCCUCUCUACAGCAGCAAUGAUGGUGGCUUUUGGUGCAAUCUUGUUCCUUGUGUUUUGUGAUCAAAGACCAUGGAUGCUUGCACCAAUAGGUAUAUGCACUUGCUCACCUAUUGCAGUUAUUGUUUUUCUACAGUCCCCUCUAGUGGUAGACCUAAUCUUAUCUACAUAUUCUCCCAUCUUUGGUAAGAAAAGUUAUCUUGAUAGUUGUAAAACUAAUCCAAACAACAUAUGA